AUGGAAAAGAAUCAAGAAGCCUCGGAUGGGUCUGCCGGCCAAGCAGUGCCGCAGACCACUCGCGGAGACCGGUCAACUACGCGAGAUUACGAAGACCACAAUUUACAGGACUCUGCUAGCCAGAGUAUUGAGGACUACGUCUUCAGGCGUAGUUCUCUAACAGGCCGAUCACCAGCUAAAACGGCUACCAAAAUAAACGAAAGUGCGAGUGAGUCAAUGAGCGAAGAGAGUGAAAGCGAAUUGAACACGACAAUAAUAGAAGCGAUGGCUGAAGAAGAUGAAGAGAAGAGGGAGAUGGAAACAAGAGAAGUGGAGAAAAGUCAAUACAAGUGGAGUCUAAGUGAUCUAGAAGAGACAACUCCCACAAGAAUGAGAACGUGGUCAUUUAGUAGCCUAACGAAGGAAGAGGGAAGAAGAAUGAUGGAGAAAGAAAGAGACAAGGGGAGAAGUGCCCAGAACGACAUAAGUGAAGAAGAAAGAAUGAAGCAAGAGGACAAGAAUAGAAGGGAGCAGGGCGCAAAAAUGAAACAGAUGACAAAUAGAUUAACUCAACUGAUAAAAGUGUUUAGGAGUAAUGUAGAGAACAAUACUAAGAGGGAGAUAAAGGAAGCGGUGGGUAAGCUGGAGAGAAUCGGGGCAGCCUUGGAAACGCCAGAUAUGAAGAAGUGGCUGGAGGAAAACAUAGAAGAGAGGCGAAAAGAAGUAGGACAAGAGAGGGAGGCGGAAAACUGGGAGAAUAAAGAGGUGGGAAGAAGGAAGGAAAAAAAGGUGACUACCCAAAGCACACAGACAGAACCAGAAGAAAAAGAAACGGAACUUGAUGAUGAAUUACUAAAAACCACUACUACCUACGAAGAGUGGAAGAAGAUAGAAGGAAAAAAAUGGGAGAGGAGACAUUUCAGAAAAACAAGAGUGGUCAUAGGAAAUCCAAUAUGGCAAAAACCUGUUGAAGAUAGAAUAAAAGUGGUUAUGGUUGAAAGCGGCGAAGAGCAAAUGGAAAAGGGGAUCCAAUAUAUGUAUAAGAAAAAGUAUCCCGAACUAAUCGAGAUUAAAGAUGCAUAUGGUGAGAUCGAAAUGACAACGAAAACAAGAUUUAAUGGACAACACAGAAAAAGCGUUGAGAAGGUAAUCAAGGUGAUGAUAGAAGAGGGGAAGGGGGGAUUAUGGAAGGCUCUAAUAAAUAUAAAGGAUAGGAUAGAGCCGAGAAAAAUAAUGGCGGUACACUGCCUUAAGGAAUAUUCCGUAGACGAGAUGAGAAAAAUGGUAGAAGUAGUAUUUAAGGACCUGGAGAUAUUAGUAGAAAUAUUUACAACCCCAGCGAAAAUGGAAGAAGACGAAGAGGCCAAUAAGAAAGAUAAAAACAGAGCAGGGGAACAGAGAAAGACAUAUGCCCUGGUGGUCGAGACUCAAGGGAAAACCUUCGAAGAGAAGGUGGGCGAAAUAAAGGAGCAGGUUAAAGGAAGUAAAGAAGCAGAGGUGAUUGAGGGAAUUAAAAGAACGAGAGAUGGUAAAGUUUUAGUUAUAACUCAAAGAGAUAAGAUUAAUACAAACAAGAUAGAAAAGAUGCUAACUGAAAAAGGACAAAAAGUAGCUUCAAGAGGAGUUACAGAAAGAGAGAGGAAAGCAUAUAUUACGAUAAAGGGAAUGGAAGUUACAACAACGAUGGAAGAAAUACGGGAGGCAAUAAAAGAAAAAAUUGGAGAAGCAGCAGGAAAUGAAUCCAUAAUUAGUGAAAUAAGACCGUAUGCAGAAAGUAUGAGAGCGGUGACCGUACAAGUAAACAGGAGUAAUGCAGAAAAGCUGACGAAAGAGGGAAAAAUAAGGGUCGGAUUGGCGGUUUGCAGGACAGAGAAAAGAGAGGAGAUAAGGAGGUGUAUCCUAUGUUGGUCACCUCUGCACGUAGCGAAAGAUUGCAACAACCCAAACAGGAAGGGAUGCUGCUAUAAUUGUGGAGAAGAGGGACAUCAGACGAAAAAUUGUCAGAAUAAAGAGGGAUGUUCCGACUGCGAUAAAGAGGGGCAUAGAGCAGGGACUGGGAGAUGCCCAAUUUAUAGAGAGUUACUCCGAAAAGCAAAAAUGGGGAGAGAAGAGGGAAGGAAUGAAAGAGGGAUGGAGGAUAAGAAGAACAAGAGAGGUAGUGUAACGGAUGAUGGAGCUGCAGAAGCGCAAGAAAUUGCUCAGGUUGAGACACGAAACCAAGAACAAAGAGAAGUAGAGGGAGGCAAUGAGGGAAUCACUGCAGAAAGGAAGAGAAAGAAAACGGGAAGCGAUAGCGGAGAACAGACCAGAACAGAAUCAUCCCCUGACAUAGAGGAUGGAAACAGAGAGAAGUGGCAGAAGCAGAGAAUGAAGGUGAAGAAAAAGAGAAUCACGAAAGGGGAUCAAAUACAAACGAAAAAGAGACCCCAAGAAAAAUCAGCCCAAUGUCAAGACAAAGUAUCAAAAUGA